UGAAAACAACCGAUUAUGUCGACGAAACGUCCUAUCUCCUUCAUUCAAACAAGUUUAACGCUAUUCCGAAACUUAAAUCGAGUAUUGUUUUAUGUAUAAUGAGUUUCUUGGGAUAUUUUAAUAUUUACUGCUUACGAGUCAAUUUAAGCGUUGCUUUAGUGGCCAUGGUAAAGAAUACACCGGAGAUCAACGUGACAAAUUCCAGUUGUCCUUAUCCCACCGAUAAUACUACAUUACAAUACGUUCAGGAAGGAGAAUUUGAUUGGUCAACGACGGUGCAAGGACAGAUCUUGGGAGCCUUCUUUUACGGGUUCUUUCUGACCCAAUUACCGGGAGGACGUUUAGCUGAAUAUUUUGAUGGCAAAUUGAUUUUUGGCUUAGGAGUUUUCUUCACGGCAUUCUUUACGGUUUUGACGCCCGUCAUUGCCAGAUGGAAUGUCGUAGCACUGAUCGUGUUAAGAAUUUUGGAAGGGCUUUCGGAGGGAAUUACGUGUCCCGCAAUGCAUUAUUUAAUUGGGAGCAGAAUACCGAAAUUUCAGAGAAGUACUGCAUCGACGUUCAUUUAUAGCGGCGCCUUAAUAGGAACCGUCGUCUCUUUACCCGUUUCGGGAAUUUUCUGCAGUUCGGAAUUUUUGGGAGGAUGGCCGGCAGUCUUUUACGUAUUCGGUGGUUUAGGAUGCGUUUGGACGGUAUUUUGGUUUAUUUUUAUUCCUAAUAGACCACUCGAAUCCGUAUAUAAAAAGGAGCAUCUUAAAAAAGUUCCUUGGAUACCUAUUUUGAAAUCUAGAGUGGUCUGGAUUUUAGCCAUUACGCACUUUGGUCAAGGAUGGGGGUUUCUUAUGCUUCUAACCGAAUUACCGACGUAUUUGAGUGCUGUGUUACACUACGACAUACAGCAGAAUGCAUUGUUUUCUGCCAUUCCUUACUUAUUUCAAUCGGUCACCGGAUGGUUUUGUGGAUUUGUGGCCGAUUACGUGUAUAAAAACGGAUAUGCCAGACUGAAUGUCGUCAGGAAAACUUGUAAUACAAUAGGUCUGCAUAAAUUAUAUACAGGUUAUAUCGGUACAGCUCUUUGCUUAAUUGGAGUGGUUCAGGCAGGAUGCGAUCAUCUAAUCAGUAUCUCGUUUUUCACAUUAGCCAUGUCUCUUAACGGAUUUAUCAACAGUGGAUUUUUUGUUUCUAUUAUAGAUAUAGCACCAGAUUUUGCAGGGACUUUAGUUGGAAUAACGGCUACGAUUGCAGCAAUUCCAGGAUUUUUAGCUCCUAUAUUUAUUGGAUAUUUAACAGAGCAUGAGCAAACGGUUAAAAACUGGAGUAUUAUUUAUUAUUUUACUGCGGGUCUUUAUAUUUUGACAAAUACUAUUUAUGUCCUUUUUGGUACGGCCGAACUUCAGCCCUGGGGAGUUCAUUCCUUCGAUAAUUACAAACAACCCGAAGAUAAAUUUAUUUCGCCACCGACGUCUAAAGAUGAUAAAGUUCCCAUUAAUCAAGAUUAAAUUGAUUU